CACGGGGCGGGGCGGUGCUUUCCCUGCGGGCAGGAGCUUGGCCUUCAGCGUAAGGGGUGGGGCCUGACCGCCCAUUCUGAUCCCCGACCGCCCUGCUCUGACCUGGACCACCCCGCACCCCGACCCCCACGCACAUGUCGCGGCACGUGUUCCUCACCGGGCCUCCAGGGGUUGGCAAAACAACCUUGAUCCAGAAAGCCGUCGAGGUCCUGCAGUCCUCUGGGCUGCCCGUGGAUGGAUUUUACACACAAGAAGUCAGGCAGGAAGGGAAGAGGAUAGGAUUCGAUGUUGUCACCCUGUCUGGUGCCCAGGGGCCUCUGUCCAGAGUUGGGUCACAGCCUCUACCUGGAAAGCCCGAGUGUCGAGUGGGGCAGUACGUGGUGAACCUGGAUUCUUUUGAGCAGUUGGCACUGCCUGUCCUAAGAAACGCAGGCUCCAGCUGUGGCCCCAAACACAGAGUAUGUAUCAUUGACGAGAUUGGGAAGAUGGAGCUGUUCAGCCAGCCUUUCAUCCAAGCGGUCCGCCAGACGCUGUCCACACCAGGCAUCAUCGUGGUUGGCACUAUCCCAGUCCCCAAAGGGAAGCCGCUGGCCCUGGUGGAAGAAAUCAGGAAAAGGCGUGACGUGAAGGUGUUCAAUGUCACCAGGGAGAACAGAAACAGCCUCCUGCCAGAUAUUGUGGCCGUCGUGCAGAGCAGCCGGACGUAAAGCAGCAGUGUCGGGGUCCAGCUCUGCCUCUGCUCACGGUGGGCCCUGAGCAGCACCCAGUCAGUCCACCGUGUCCUGUGUGUGCUCCAGACUUGUGCUGCCUCUUACGGUUGUGCAUGUGAUCUGAGUAGAUUCUAAAACGAGUCUGCCAAACGUUAGGUGGAAUUCACUCCCACCGGGGUGUAUAAUAUGUUUGGGGCUGAGGAAAGACGGGGGUUCAUUUCUUCCUUGACUUUGGGUGCUGUAGAUAUUAAACACCUCUCCAGGUGCAGCUCCAUAGUGGUGCAGCUGAAAGCAGAAACAACUGGUUCUCUUCAAUUAUUUCCAAAGGAGGGAAAAAAAAUCAGUUCUCCUCUCCCUCUCUUGUUUAUUCCUGUUUCUUGACUAAUAAAAAUGGAA